AAACAAGUUACUGCCGCGUGCAGCAAUAAAUAUUUAGUCAUUCCAUUUAGUUGGUUAGUUUGAGCGGUGAAGGAUCAUGUUUAACGCUGGCUAUCAAGUGGACUACGUCGAUCCGUACGUCGAUCCGUACAUCGAUCCUUUCUAUCCACCCCCCGUCGAGGUGAUUGAAGUAGUGCCCCCGCAACCCGUCUUUUGUGAACAGCCCGCUGUCAUCGUCACCCAGCCCCAAACGGUGUAUGUGGAGCAGAAUAACGGUCCGUCGGAAGCUGAUGUGGCAUGUUGCCUGGCGCUAACCGCCUGCUGUGUCCUGGAAGAUGGAUGUGUUAUAUCGUAAUCAUUAUAUAUAUAUAGACUUGUUGUAAACUAAUAUCAAAAGAAAGGGUUUAAGAUAACUUCUUAUGUAAAUAUAAAGACGGAAAUGGAAACGACAGAAAGUGUUUGUUUAUAGAACGCAGAUAGCUGAUUUCAGUUCAAUAAUUGCAUUGUUGAUAACUAUAAAUAUAUAAAAUAUAUAGUUUAAAGACGAAUUCAACAGUUGUGGUUUUUACUGACUCAAAACAUCCGAAGUAAAGUAAAUGAAACUUUUGUUAUUCUCCUUUUUUUAUCAUUUAAAUCGAUUAUUAGUCACCGUUUGUAUUAUAUAUGCUUGAGUCAUAGCAAAAAUAAAUAAAUGUAAGUCUUUAGUGCCUAAACUACCUUUUUAGAUAACCAAUAAAUUCAUUUGUUAUUUCAAA